GGGCGGGACCCGGGUCCUAGAGGGGUGCCGGCAGCAAUGGCGAUCUUUAGCGUGUACGUGGUGAACAAAGCCGGCGGCCUGAUUUACCAGCUGGACAGCUACGCGCCGCGGGCUGAGGCUGAGAAGACGUUCAGUUACCCGCUUGAUCUCCUGCUCAAGCUCCACGACGAGCGUGUGCUGGUUGCGUUCGGCCAGCGCGACGGCAUCCGGGUGGGCCACGCAGUGCUCGCUAUCAAUGGAAUGGACGUGAACGGCAAGUACACCUCCGACGGGAAAGAGGUGCUGGAGUACCUGGGUAACCCUGCUAAUUUCCCGGUGUCCAUUCGAUUCGGCCGGCCCCGCCUCACCUCCAAUGAGAAACUCAUGCUGGCCUCCAUGUUCCACUCGCUCUUUGCCAUCGGCUCCCAGCUGUCCCCUGAACAGGGCAGCUCAGGCAUUGAGAUGCUGGAGACAGACACAUUCAAACUGCACUGCUUUCAGACAUUGACAGGGAUCAAGUUUGUAGUGCUGGCAGAUCCUAGGCAAGCUGGAAUAGAUUCUCUUCUUCGAAAGAUUUAUGAGAUUUACUCAGACUAUGCCCUCAAGAAUCCAUUCUACUCCCUGGAAAUGCCCAUCAGGUGUGAGCUGUUUGACCAGAACCUGAGGCUAGCCCUGGAGGUGGCAGAAAAGGCUGGGACUUUUGGACCUGGAUCAUAGGCUGAAUCUGCAACAGACCCCAAAAUUCUGAACGUCUGCCCUUGGGUCCCUGAUGUUCCCACUUGAGUGGAGCUCCCGACAAUCUUAUCAGUGCACGUGGAAAUGGGUGGAUGCUGGGCCUGGUGACACAUUCUGAUCACUGAGCCUUAAUACCAUGCUCUUUUCCCUCAUGUGUAUAUCAUGUUUCUACUUCCUAACUGUGUACAGAUUUAUUUAUGGAGGAGGUAGGCCCAUGAUUGUGAUAAUAAACAUUCCUUUGACCUCA